UGUGAGUGCCUUGGACUCGGUCGAUUCUUCUGGUUUUUGUUACCCCCUCGGUUUUUGUUUUGCUGCAUUCAUUCGCAUUUCUAAAAACAAAAAUCUAAAACAGCUGUCAAACCAAAAUUUGCCAAAUGCCUCUUCAUUGGAUCUUCGGAAGCGUUUAAUUCAGUGAAAACCAGCAUAAAACCAAAAGUAUCUUCAGGAAUCCACAGCCACAGUUGCAAAAAUGUCCGCAAUUAACAGUCGCAAUCAGAAAAUGGAACAACAGCGCCAGCUGAUGGAGGCCUACAUCCGGCAGAAGAGGGCCUCGCCGGGAAUGGUCCAAGCGAGUGAUCUGCAGAUCAACCGACCGAUGUCCGGGAUGCGGAGCAACAGCCGCGAACUUCACGCCUACGAUGGACCCAUGCAGUUCAUCAGCUCCCCCCAGAAUCCCGAUCAGAUCCUCCUGACCAACGGCAGUCCCGGCGGCGGCGGCGUCGCUCCUCCUCCUCCGGUUGCCAUGAACAGCAGUCGCAACCACUCGAACAACAUGCGCAGCCUGAGCACCAUCAACCAGGAGGGUAAGUGGCCGUACACUCGCACCAAAGCUGAUCUUAUAGAGGAGAUCUCAUCACACGAACUGGAGGACGAGGAGAGCAGUCCGGUGACGGUGAUCGAGCAGCAGCAGCCAGGAUCGCACAGCGCUAACUCGACGCAAUCGCAAAUGCAGAAGCCGCAUGCCCGCCAGCAUUCCUUCAGCGACAACCUGGACGAGGAUGACUACACCAAUCGCAACGUGGCUGGAGCUGCGCCAGUGCGUCCAGCGGGAAUGGCCUCGUCGCCUUACAAGGACGCCACCCUGGACGGAAGCAACGGAACGGGGAACGGCGGAGGAGGAGGUGGUGGGGAGUCAGAGGGGGAUGUCAUCGGGAACAUCGAUCAGUUCGUGAUGCAGCCAGCGCCGCAGGGAGUCCUCUACAAGUGCCGCAUCACCCGGGAUCGCAAGGGCAUGGACCGGGGUCUCUUCCCCAUUUACUACUUGCACUUGGAACGGGACUACGGCAAGAAGAUAUUCCUACUGGGAGGUCGCAAACGCAAGAAGAGCAAGACCUCGAACUACAUAGUCAGCUGCGAUCCCACGGACUUAUCGCGGAAUGCCGAUGGCUUCUGCGGCAAACUCCGCUCCAAUGUCUUUGGCACGUCCUUCACCGUCUUUGACAAUGGCAACAAGGAGAGCACGGAGAGUCCUCGACUCGACCUGGCCGUAAUCAUAUACGACACCAACAUUCUGGGCUUCAAGGGACCUCGCAACAUGACUGUAAUACUGCCGGGCAUGACUGAGGACGAUCAGCGUGUCAAGAUCAGUUCAGCGGAUCCCAAGCAGCAGGGCAUUCUGGACCUGUGGAAGAUGAAGAACAUGGAUAAUAUUGUGGAGCUGCACAACAAGACGCCGGUGUGGAACGACGAGACGCAGUCGUAUGUGCUCAACUUUCACGGACGCGUCACCCAGGCGUCGGUGAAGAACUUUCAGCUGGUCCACGACUCCGAUCCCGAGUACAUAGUGAUGCAGUUCGGCCGCACCUCGGAGGACGUCUUCACCAUGGACUACCGCUAUCCACUGUGCGCCAUGCAGGCCUUCGCCAUCGCCCUCAGCAGCUUCGACGGCAAAAUAGCCUGCGAGUGAGCUGGCUCGGAUCCCCGGGAUCCGGAUCCCCUGCCUUAUGUACAGCUAUAUAUGUCUGGAGGGAUUGACCGGAUCAUUGUUGCAAGUAGUAUCAGAAAUCUAGUCACUGGAGGAGAUUGGCAGGACAUCGUUGAUAUAAGUUAUGUGUAGUGGCUAUCAUUGUAUGACAUCUAUUCAGAAUGUGCUCACCGAUUUUAUAAGAAAUUAUUUAGGACAGGUCCUACAACUUUGUAAAUCUUAAUGUGCCCCCUAACCGAUAAGUUCACUUGUAAGCGAAUCAAGGUAAAUGUCAUUUGAAGAAAAUAUCAAUUUUAUAACCAGCAUAUAGCAACAAAUCGAGGACGAAUGUAAACUAUUUAAAAGGCGAGUACUAUUAGUUUUUAAGAGGGAUCACUACUAACUUGUGCUAGGCUCUAAAUAAAUAUAAGCAGCUAUUAAUCAAAGAGUACAUUUUGUAU